CUCCUAUUUGCCUUCCCUUCUGCCGAGCUGCCAAACCAGAUGGGAAGAACAAAAUGCGGUGUCUUAAACCUCUAACACAACUGAUUCAAAGAUCGCAAACAACUGUCCUGUAAAAACAAGGGGGGGAAAAACAAUCCUGCUUGGCAACAAUGAGGUAUCUUCACUUCUGUAAGCUUCCAGGAAGAGUUAUGGGAAUCCGCCUACUACACUUCACUUCUGUGGUGAUCAUUGUCUUACUUCUUGUGGCGGGUGCUUUAACGGCUUUGCUUCCCAAUAUCAAAGAUGACAAAAUGCCCAAUUUGAGAAGGGAACCAAAAACCCAGAGUCAGUCUGCCUUGGAUUCGUUUACUCUUAUUAUGCAGACAUAUAAUAGAACUGACUUACUGCUAAAGCUUUUAAAUCAUUAUCAAGCCAUCCCCCAUCUACAUAAAGUAAUCGUCGUGUGGAACAACGUUGGUGAGAAGAUACCAGAGGAAAUGUGGAAUUCCUUGGGGCCUCAUCCUGUCCCUGUUGUCUUUAAAGUUCAAACGGUAAAUCGCAUGAGGAACAGACUCCAGAAUUUCCCUGAGCUGGAAACAAAAGCUGUUUUAAUGAUGGAUGAUGAUACACUAGUCAGUGCUCAUGACCUUGCUUUUGCCUUUUCUGUUUGGCAGCAAUUUCCAGAGCAUAUAGUGGGAUUUGUUCCUAGAAAGCACAUUUCUACUCCUUCAGGUGUAUACAGUUAUGGCAGCUUCGAAUUGCAGAACCCUGGAUUUGGAAAUGGAGAUCAGUAUUCUAUGGUUCUUAUUGGUGCAGCAUUUUUUCAUAGUGGGUAUUUAGAAGACUUUCAAAGACAGCCAGAAGCUGUUUACGCCUUAAUAGAUGAAACUCAAAAUUGUGAUGAUAUUGCCAUGAAUUUUCUGGUAGCCAAGCAUACUGGAAAGCCUUCAGGAGUGUUUGUGAAGCCUGUUGAUAUAAGAAAUUUAGAAAAAGACACUAACAGUGGCUAUUCUGGAAUGUGGCACCGAGCAGAGCAUUUGUUACAGAGAUCUGACUGAGUAAAUAAACUGGUUAAUAUUUAUGAUGGCAUGCCUUUAAAAUAUUCAAAUAUCAUGAUUGCUCAGUUUGGUUUUCCUAAUUAUGCCAAUCACAAAAAUAAAAUGUAAGCCAAUGAAUUUAAGGGGUUAGAUGUUAAACAAUACUCAGUGAAUUGUACUGAGUUCAAGGAGAGAAGAAGGUGUAAUUACUGCAUCUUGGCCAUCCUUGUUUGUAGCCUCUGAAUUUUUUUAAUUUGGCUUUUUAUGUCUUUUUUUUUUCCUUUCUUACUAGUUCUCCAAGGUACAUUUUGAGAAAACUUAAAGAUUAUAUACUAAUGUUUAGCUGUGAUAAAAUAAUCAUAAAAGCUAUUACAGUUAAUUAGGCCAGUUCUUCAGAAACAUGCAGACAAAAAUGCACUCCUACCCUUCAGUGCUUAUGUUUUGAUUUUUUUUUUUGAAAUAUAUGUAUCUAGUCAUAUGAGGUCUAGGCAUAUUUUUGAUAGUUAUAUGUUGAGAUGCUUCCUUGCCUUCCCCCUCCUCUCCUCACCUCUUCCUACCCAGUUCCUAGUGAAACCGUAGAAGGGCUACAACAAACUGUUGGCCGGGCUUCUAGACUCCUGUACAAAACCCCUUUGAAAUUUGUAUAUAAGCUACUCUGUAUUCUGAGAUGUUCCUGAAGCUGCUAUGAAAGCAACCCAGAAGAGUACCUCACCUUAAUCUCAGAUAGUCCUAAAACCAUUGCCUACAGUAUCUGCUACUGCUGAGAUAGUGGAAAAUGAUCUCUGAUGUGGCUUUUUUUCCUCUUAUUAAUUUGCCUAGAGUUGCUGAAACACUGCAAGCAGCUGAAAGGUAAAACCCAGCAGUUGGAAACGUAAGAAACAUGAAUGUAUGAAACUUAUAUAAGCAGCCAGAAGAAAUGGAUGGGAUAUUACUUAUUAAUACUCUCUUUAGUACUUAGUUUUAUUUUGAUAUUUUGCAUGUACAUUGUUACAAAAAUGUGCCCAAGAAAAUCCUCACUUUUUAAAAAUGUCUUAUUUACAAUUCCUAAUAAGAGCAAGCUGUUCUACAUUUAUUACAGAGUGUACAUUUUGUAAUAUUACAAAAAAACAGGUUUACUGUUUUUUUUUAACUAUUCUUUCAAAUGAGUAUUUGCUUUUUGGUUCCUUUCAUCUCUGUUUUUUGGUGGCUAUGACAACAGAAUUAAAAUGUGCAACGAAUGGGUAAAGCAUUAUAAAAAAAAGUAUUUUAAGGUACAGUGAUAUUUGACAGGGCUGGACUAUUAUCGGUCUCUGAAUUCGCUGGCUUCAUCUGUAGUAAGAAACAGAGCUAUUAUUAACAGCUUUUGUUAGAUUGGGACUUUGUAGUUCUGGAAACGUUGUGUCAACAUAGACAGGACAAACCUUUUCCAUUGCAGUUACAGAACUUUUUUGUGGUACGGAGGAAAGAACAAAAGACAGUGAUUUUCCUGGAUCACAGAGAGGAAUCAAAUCUGGCAUGCAAAGUCGAUUUAGUUUCAUCUGCAUCAGCUUUUAAUUGAUUCUCAGUAUCAGUUCAAAGGUAUCUAUGGGCAAUCAAUAACAGCUAACACCUAGUACACAAAUUGCAUCUGCACAAAUGGUGUAUAAUUUUAGCAUUUUUUGUAAUAAGUUAGUUGAACAAAAAGUGGUUGAAAAAUGUGACAAGUUCUUUACAGCAGGGCUGAUUCUGGGUGUGAGUCUUUGGGUUUCUUUGGGGGAACGGAGGAUUCUUUUACCCCGUUCUGUCAGUGUUAAAGGAUUUGGUUUCUGUUCAGUGAAGUCUUCCUAGUACUUUUGCAAGAUUUAAAGGGCAAAAUCUUAAAAUGGCAAUGUAAAGUCUGCUUAAUUUUGUUGUAAUAGUGAAAAGUAGCUUUUAAUUAUUGUGCUGUAGUGAUAAGUAGUAUACAAAGAGGUCUAUGAUCGUUCCAGAAAUGCAACUUUCCUAGUGGUAGUUUACUGCAUUUCAUUUACUUACUGGUCUUCUGUAAUUUCUGUUCUCUGCAGUAUCGACUAGAAUUGUGAAGACUCACAGAUGUUGUUUGCCUUUUAUAAUGUGAAAUGAACUGUCAACUCAGCCAAAUCUUAGCAUUGGGUUCUUUGUUGGGGGGGAGGAGUUGUUUUGGGUUGGGUUUGGUUGUUUGGUUUUUUUUGUUCUUCUGUAUCAGUGAAAAAAUGAAUAGAACAAGCUUUUAUUAUACUGGUAAAUUUAAUUUGUACCAUUGUCAAAUAAAGUACAUAAAACAG